CGCCUGCUAAGUGCCCGGCUGGACUCAGUGCCAGUGUUGGGAGAAGGCGCUGAGCUGUCCGUAAGCUCCUUCAGGUGCAUAGCCAGGAUCGCCCAACCUCACCUAUUCCGGAGUCAGAGGUGUGUGCGCAGCACUCGAAUACGUCACACACACACACACACACACACACACACACACACACACACACACACACACACACACACACACACACACACACACACACACACUACCGCAUCACCCCCCCCACACACACCCCCCACCGCAUCACACACACACACACCACACAGCUCUGCGCGGCUUUUCUGAGUGUUACGGCGCCUUCCUCCCGCCCCCGCACAGCGCGGGCGGGGACCCACCGGUUCCGCUCAACACCAGCAGUGGAGAAAGGAGGACCCCCGGGAGCGGGAUCCCGGCGCCCGGUCGCCCAGUCGUGUUCAGGCUUAGGCCCGCAUGGAGGGGACUGCGGAGUCCCAGACGCCUGACCUGCGAGACGUGGAGGGCAAGGUGGGCAGGAAGACCCCUGAAGGGCUGCUCCGCGGGCUGCGAGGCGAGUGGGAGCCGGGAGCCUCUGGCGCUCUGCUGCUCCCAGGGGCACCUACCACGGGCCACGGCCUGGGGGACAAGAUCAUGGCGCUGAGGAUGGAACUGGCUUACCUGCGAGCCAUCGAUGUGAAGAUUCUGCAGCAGCUGCUGACCUUGAACGAGGGCAUCGAGGCAGUGCGCUGGCUGUUGGAGGAGCGGGGGACGUUGACCAGCCACUGCAGCAGCCUCACCAGCAGCCAAUAUAGCCUGACAGGCGGGAGCCCAGGCCACUCAAGGCGAGGCAGCUGGGACAGCCUGCCAGACACCAGCUCCACUGACCGGCUGGACAGUGUCUCCAUUGGCAGCUUCCUGGACACGGUGGCCCCCAGUGAGCUGGAUGAACAGGGCCCCCCUGGGGCUCCCCGUCCUGAGAUGGACUGGACAAAGGUUAUACCCGGUGGGGAGAGGGCCAGGACUGAGGUGGACCUGACAGCCACCAGGCUAGGGAGCUUGAGGGCUGUGUGGAAGCCCCCAGGGGAGGGGCUCCACAGUGGAUCUCCUGAGCCACCAGAGGAUGAGAGUGCCAAGCUGGGCUUUGAGGCCCACUGGUGCUGGGGCCAGUGCCAGGAUGAUGUGACCUUCCUGUAAUGACUCUUUCACCCUCCUGUACUCCAGUGGCUCUUUCAUCACUAGGCCCUGGUCUCCCUUGAAUUUAUUCUCCCUCCAUCUGGGCUUAGGAAGAGGCUGCAUUGACAUUAACGACCAUGGAAACCUGGCCUCACCAUCCCUCUGGUCCCUGGGGAGGCUCUGCCUUUAUCCUUCAAUUAUUGGGUCCCUAGAGCUAUUUCCAUAGAUACAUUGACUCUAGAGGCUUGACCUGUGGCUCAGGUGUGAUGGAAUCUCUUCCCCUUUCCCUGCAACUAGGUAAGGAUUUGAGGGCUUAGCACCCUAGGAGAUCAUUGAUGAAGAGAUGGGGGUGUAAUUACCUCACCCAACAUCUAGGAGCCUUGGCCUCCAUCUUGGCCAAGAGGAAGGAUUGUGGAGGGACAUGGACAUUCAGGGCCAACCCUCCAUGGACUGACCCUCCAGAAGCCUUUGGUGCUGGUAGAGCCACCCCUUCCUGUCUGGUGAGUGAUGUCACUUCCUGCCAGGAUGGAUUAGCCUCUCCUGUCUUUUAGCGGUGCUAGGUCAGCAUAGGGCGUCUGAGCCCCUGCUGCUAAGUGAGACUAUAUUUUUAUUCUCCCUACCAUUACUCCUUGUGAGUGGAACAUAUCAUCCUCCUGGCAGGAAAGUUUCUCACUUGUCAGUUGUUUGUACUUCUUGUCAGAAAGUCUCUUAUUUUUUAAACAGGGAGUUCUCAUUUUAUCCUAGGGGUUCUCACUUCCUCUCUGACCACAUGCCUGUCUGGUGCCAGCACUCCUGUAUCUGUGCUUAUAGUGACAGAACCUGGCAGGGGCCUCGACCUACAGCUCUCAAGAGUCUGUUUGGCUUGCCCUGCCAUGGUACCCUGUCUUACCCUGUUCAUGGGUUGCCCCCUUUCUUGUAUUCUGGCUCCAAAUCUGUCUGCCGGGAGGUUCAGCCUUUGUGUCUCCACACCUUCUCGGUUUCCACUUUGGGCCUCAGGCCUUUUAUAUGCAGAUGAGUCCCUCAGCCUUCUCUCCCCACUGCUGAUGCAAGCCAGAAGGAGGAGAAGCUUGAGGUGUACCAGAAGCCCUGAAAGGGGGAGGUAUCUGAAAGGGGUGGGGGUAUCUUCUGAGAUCCUGUGAUUCCCCUUCCCCCAUCCUGCCCCAGACCUUCCACCAUUUGGUCACAAGGAUGCCUGCCUGAGGCUGGGACACAAGGAAUCCCCUUGUCAGGGUUACAAUGGGGGGCGUGGCAGAGAAAGACAGAGGCUCUUUGGUCCUAGGGCCCACAUCCUGGGAGGCUGGGAGAGAAAGAAGGGAAAGGCUGCUUUCUUUCCUCCCAGAGAGCAUGCUCUAGACUCCUGGGACCUGGGGAGGGAGCAGGGGACUGAUUCUGGGCCUGGGUCCCAGGGCCCUAGUGAAUUAUACCAAAGAAGGAAUUCAGGGAAGGUGCCAAUCUGGGGCUCAAGGAGAGGACAUGUUGGGGUGGAAGGAACAAGGGCUGUGGUUGAAGUCAGAGUAUGAAUUCUUGGAGAUUAACCCUUUGAACCCCGGGUAACUGCCACUUUGUUGGUCCCUGUCUUUCCUGGACCCUGAAACUAGAUUAUUGGAAGGCAAAAAGGAGAAGAAAGGAUGUCAGGUGAUCCUUGCCUAUUUGCUGUGCCCUCCUGAGUUGGAGGAGUCUUCCUCAAGUCCUAGAAUAACUCCUGCAGUUUCUGCACUUUUUACUCUAUGCUGGGAAGGGAAGAGCCAAGUUGAUCAUCUCUACUUCCCCUAAAUUCCUCAAGUCUUGUUCUGCAACCUCUUACCCCAGUCCUUUUGGGGCAAUACAUUCAGUCCGUGGCUUUCCUCUAAAGACCUCCUCUUCUCCUGUCCCCUCAAAGUAAUUGAAAUCUCUAAAGACUCUAAUAUUCUUAGUCUCUUCGCCUCUGCUGUCUACUACCAGCCCUCUACUUACCCCUCCUGGUCUUAGAGCUUUCCCUAUCCUGACUCUGUUGCCAUUUUGUAAUGCCCUUAGGAUAACUGCCUUUCCACUUUUUUGAAGCUUGCUUGUUCAUUUAAUCCACAUAUUUCUGAGUUGAAGUGGUUGUCCGCCCUCUUGUGGCCAUUAUGCUACAUUGCCAGCGUAGCUGGGUGGAAACAUUCAGGCUCAAAUACAGCGUU